AGCAGUUUAUCGUCGCACAGGGUGGUUUUAAGUCUUUUGUCUCCAUGGAGUGGAACAAAAUGUGGGCGGUAAACAAGAACGUAAUCGAUCCGAUUGCGCAUCGUUUCACAGCUUUGGAGUCCGAUGACCUGGUACAAUUUAACGUUCUUGAUGCAUUAGAUGACCAGCUUCUUGAUGUAUAAAACCAUCCCAAAUCUCCGGAGUUAGAUACGAAGAAAGUACUGAUUAGUAAGAAGAUUUUAAUUGAAAGGAAUGACGCUAAUACACUGGAAUAUAGGAAGAAAGCAACAUUUAUUUCCUGGGGAAAUUUUAUGGUUAAGAAUAUUAAGAAGACUGACGGGAAGAUCACAGAGAUUGACGUGAGAUUAAAGCUGGAUGAUAAGGAUUAUAAUAAUACGGUGAUGCUUACCUGGCUAGCGGAAAAAGAAAACAAAGAUAAUUAUAAAAAAGAAUAUGAUAUGAUUCCUUGUGUUGCUGUUUACUUUAAAUGUAUUACUAGCAAGGACUUUCGGCAAAGAUGACGAUUUAAAAGACUUUAAUGCUAUAGAUACUAAAAAAGAAGUGAAAAUGUUUGGAGAGUUUGAAUUAAAGAACGUAAAACAGGGAGAGAUAAUCAACCUGCAGAAGAAAGGAUUCUUUCGAUAUGAAGUUCCAUACAGACCAAUGAGUGAUUUGACAAGCUGCGAAAGACCGAUAAUUUUAUUUUCCAUACCUGAUGGACAGACAAGUAGUCUCUCGAUAGUAUCAGUAUCCAAAAAAAUUAAUAAUAAAGACAGCACUGAAAGUAAUUCUGUCACAUCAGACUUAUACCUACAUAAACGUUUUCAUUCUGGAGAAGAAAUCGAUGCAGCUAUAAAAUCCUAUGAAGCUAGAACAGGCUACAAAUUUUGUAAGUAUUCAACCGGCUAUUUGGAUGAUAAGCCUGAAAAAAAAACAACUGAACUGGAGUUGAUAUUCAACCAAAUUCAGUACAAAUGUCGAUAUUACAAAGGGCCAAAGCCAUUAUCUGAAAAUAGAAAACGAAGACGAGACUAUGUGCCAGGAACUAAGUGUCCAGCGAGAUUCACAGUUAAUUUGAUCAGUAAUGGUUUAGAGAUUGAUAUUUGGAAUGAUAAUCAUAACUGCCAAGACAGAGAGCUAUCUUCCGUUGUAAAUAUAAAGGCUCACGAGUCAAAAAUUGAUGAUAAAAAUUCGAGAAUACUCAAUUUAUCAUUUGAUAGCUACCAGUCACUAGAAACAUUCGUAACAAACUUUCAAAAGGAGGAAAAAGAAGUCUACGUUAGGCGAGACAGUCGGUAUUUGAAAGAUUGUAAUAUCAGAAAACCGUACAAUGAAAAUUUAGUAUAUAUAUACGUCAAGUUUGUUUGUAAAUUUGGUAAGUUAACUCACACUUCUAAAGAAAACAAGCAACGAAAGACAAGCAUAUACAAAAUGGGGUGUGAAGCUUUCAUUUACGCAAACUUGACACAGGAUCACGGUUCACUAAAAAUUACCAAUGUUAAUUUGGAACAUAGCAAUCAUGAAAAUAGUAAGGCCUUUAUUGAUGAUGUGCCUGAAAACAGAAGAUUGUCGCCAGGAACUUAUCAAAUGGCAGUGGAUGCUUUGAAUUUAAAAUGUUCGAAACAACAUUUGCGUAAUAAAAUUGUAAAUGAAAAGAAUGUCAAAGUUCGAGUAAAGGAUUUAUCAAAUAUACAAACUAAAAUAAAAGAUCUACAAACUAACGAUUUAUCCGUUGUAGAAAAAUUACUAAAAUCUAAAGGCGCCAAUGUUCAUCUUCUCCAUAAGAAUAAAGAGUACCAAGGUCUUUAUUUUUCUACUGCUGAUAUGAGAUCUUCUUUUCGGUCGUGGCCAGAAGUUGUGUUCUUAGAUGGAACUUAUAAAUUGUUUAAUACUAAUUUAUCAUUUAUGAUAUUGCUUGUGGAAGACUCCAAUGGAUUAAGUGAACUAGCUGGUGCAGCUAUACUAGCUCAUGAAGUUUAUGCAUCCAUGAAGUGGUUUCUUGAAACUUUUAAAAAUGAAAACGCAGAUGCUUGUAAUAAAAUAAGAUGCUUCAUGACCGACAAGGACUUAACAGAGAGAAAAGUUUUGAAAGAAUUGUUUCCUAACGUUUCUACACAGAUCUGUCGAUUUCAUGUCUUAAAAAUAUGUUCUAAUUAUAUUACAACAAAAGCAAUGAAUAUAAUAAUUGAUGAAAGAAACCUUUGUUUAUUAUUACUUCAAAAGAUUGUUUAUAGUGAAUCUCCUGAAGAAUACGAUGAUUAUUAUGUUCAACUUGUUGAUAAAGCGCCUAUUCAAGUUGUUGAUUAUUUUAAUACAAACUGGCAUGAAAAUAGAGAAGAAUGGUGCAGUUAUUAUAUUAUUGGCAAUUUGGGAAACCAGACAAACAAUAGAUUGGAAUCUCUUAAUGGUAAAAUGAAAGAAGAAAUAGAUCGAAAUAACUAUUUAAGUUCUUUUGCAAUUGCUUUCUUUCAAUGGCUAUCUGGUUUCAACAGAGAAAAUAAUUUUAAAGCUUCUAAAAAUUUUAUUAAAAAGCCGCACUUUGCAAUUAAUUGUACUGAGUGGGAAAAACAAUAUUCCAAUUAUUUGACAAUUGCAGCUUUUAAAUACGUUAAAAUCGAGCUUGACCAUCACAAGCAUAUUACUUUCUGGGAUAAAAAUAAUAUCGAAAAUCAAGUAGAUAAGCUAAACAUUAAUGAAAACUAUUUUAUGAAAUGUAAAUCUCUUGAGAUAACUACAACGUACAAAAGUUGCGAAUGUCGUCAUUGGUUAUCAUUCUACUUACCUUGUCGUCAUAUAUUUGCGGUCAGACGACAUUACGAUUUAUCUUUGUUUUCUGAAGAAUUAUGCGCAGUAAGGUGGUCUAAAAAUUACUAUAAAUUAACGCAAAGAGCUUUCCGAAAAACCAACGAUGGCAUUGAUGUUAAAGAAACAAUUGUUUCACAAGUUUGUUGCGAAAAAAAGUUUAAUCUAUUUGAAUCCCAAAAACAAUUAAAUUACAUUUUAAAUGAUUUAAUUCAUACGGUGAGUUUAUCAUGUGGUGAAUAUUUUACCAAGAAAAUUAAAGUGCUUGAGGAUGUAAAUAAAUGUUUCAAAAGUGGAUUUGAUAUUGAUAUCAAAGAAGUUGAUUCACGCAUUAAAGCUGAUUAUCUUCAGCUUCCUAAUGUAUCUACUGGUUAUAAAAUCAAGACAGUUUUUGAAAAGAGAAAAGUAAUUAAAAUUUUAACAGAUAAUAUUUAUCAAUCAUCGACUCUCUGGUUACCCGAAAAUUGGAAUUUUAAAUUAGAAUCUUUAAAAAAAAUUGAUUUUUUUUGGAGAAAACUUUCUGAAGUAAUUGUUACUCAAAGUAGUGUUGUAUUGAUGAAGCCAGCCAGAAAAAAUGUAAAUGAUUCGGAACAAUUGAUUAAGCUAGAUUCUAAUUGUAAAAUUGCUGAAGUUAAUUCACCGGCAAAAGUUAAUUCCAUUUACCCAAAAAAAUACGUGUCUACAAGUUGUGGAUAUAUUAAAUUGGUUAAAAUUACCUCAAACAGUAGUCAACACUGUAUUAAGACGUGAAUAUGUAAUUAAAGCUAAGGAUAUUUCUCAAAUUUGUAAGCCCAAACAGCUUGAGGAUUUCCUUAUAAAUGGAUUUAUCGAUUUAGGAAUCUUAAAAGAGUAUCUUGAUGAAGAGAGUUUGCAAAUCUUAUCACAAGCCAUAAAACUAAAAAAAAAAUAGUAAUAUAGGCUUAUGCAAAAGUUGUAAUGGCACUUUUCUCUUAAAUAUUAGUAAAAAAAUAAUAAGUUGUGAUAAUUGCUUAAAGACUUACCAUUAUCAUUGCGUAUCGAUAAAACAAAAAUCUCAACCAACUUGGUUUUGCUCUGAAUGUGUGGAAAAAUAAAAAAAAAAAGUGAUAAAUUAUUAUUAGCUCCUUUGUAUGAUUGAAAUUUAAGUGAAAUUAGUUAAUCCAUUUAAUUCCUUUUAUGUAGUUGACAAAACACAUUUUUUUAAUUAUAUUUGCAUCACAACACAAUACUCUUGUUAUAUUAUUUAAU